AAGUCAGUGUAAACUAACAGUGAGCGUUCUCGAGGUGUGAGGAACUGAAAACGGCUCUUCUCGCGGCCCGAUAAAAAAGCACUGCAUCCAGUUGUAUAACAAAUAGACAGACGUUUCCGCGUGUGUAUUUACUCGGUAAUGUCGGCAGCAACAUUCGUGGAAACGGAACCGUCUACUGGCAUAUGCUGUCGUCUGGUGAUAAGGUGUAGCUGUCUCCAUGGCGACGAGCGUGGUUCCCGGGGACAACCUGCCUACAUAUAAGCUGGUGGUGGUGGGAGACGGAGGCGUGGGGAAGAGCGCGCUCACCAUACAGUUCUUCCAGAAGAUCUUCGUCCCGGACUACGACCCCACCAUCGAGGACUCGUACCUCAAACACACCGAGAUCGACGGCCAGUGGGCCAUUCUGGACGUUCUGGACACGGCGGGGCAGGAGGAGUUCAGUGCGAUGAGAGAGCAGUACAUGAGGACAGGAGACGGCUUUCUCAUCGUGUUUUCAGUCACUGAUAAAGCCAGUUUUGAACAUGUGGAUCGUUUCCACCAGCUGAUUCUGAGAGUGAAGGACAGGGAGUCGUUUCCCAUGGUUCUGGUGGCUAAUAAAGUUGACCUGGUGCAUUUACGCAAGAUCAGUAGUGAGCAGGGCCGCGAGAUGGCCUCCAAACACAGCAUCACGUAUAUUGAAACAAGUGCAAAGGAUCCACCCAUGAAUGUAGACAAAGCGUUUCACGAGCUCGUCAGAGUGAUACGCCAGCAGAUCCCAGAACGGGGCCUGAAGAAGAAGAGGAAAGCCAAAUGGCGGGCAGACAGGCCUUCGGGUUCCCAGAGGCUGCACUGCGUCUUACUGUGACCGCACACCCUCUAUCUCAAUGCCGCGUCAAUGCCGCGAUGAUGACUCCGUGACUCGGACUGUUAAAACACACACACAGCUAUGAUAAUAUCCAGGAACUAAAGGACACAGCUUGAAUAUUCCAUAAUUAAUGACGAAAUUCCCCAAAAUGUGGAAUUUCAGCCAAUUUUCAUGGGAUUUUCUUAGCGGGUGAAAGCCUGGAUGAUCUGACAGAAUUCUAGCGCUGUACACUCACGUUAUCUCUCAGAGAAAAAUUCAGAGACAAACUUUCUGAGGCCUUGUUUUGUAUUGUGUUUCUAUAUUUAUUGUGCUGAAUUCUAUAUUGUUAAUUGAUUGUUAAUACAGCAUAUAACGGCUUUGAAAACAACAAGGGAACAGACGGGAUUCAAGUUGCACAACUGGCAUUUAUAGAUACAGUACACUCAGAAAGCGGGGGAAAUACUGGUUACCAUUGUUAAUCAUUUGUUUUUAUGAAGAAAAUUAAGAUACGUUGUCAAAACAAAAUAAAAAAAUGCAUCGGGGUUACACACAUCACGCUAAAAUAAUGCAAACAUGUAAAACAAUUAAUUAAUUAAUAGCACAAAAUGUGUAAAAGUUUUUACAUAAAAAGUUUUAUAAAUUUUUAAUGACGUCAACAACAAUUUACUAUAAAAGGACUUGUUUUGGCUUGUUACAUAUAAAUACAGUUUUACUACAUAUGGUAAUGUAACAUGCUGUUAAAUAAUUAAUAUAAUUUUUUCUGUUGCAAAAUAUUUUUUUCUGUUCAUCUGAAUUUAAAUUCUAAUUUUAUACCUUGCAAUUCUGAGUUUAUAUCUUGCAAGUUUAAGUCUCGUAAUUCUGAGUGUAUAUCUUGCAAAUCUGAGUUAGUUCUGAUUUUAGUUUAUAUUUUUUAAUUCUGAGCUAACAUCUCCUAAGUUCAAGUCUCCCAAAUCCGAGUUUACGUCUCAAUUUUAAGUUUAUACCUCGCAAUUCUAAGUUUACUUCUCACAUUUCUGAGUUUGUAACUCCCAAUUCUAAGUUUAUGUUGCAAUUCUGAGUUUACGUCUUGCAAGUUUAAGUCUCGCAAUUCUGAGUGUAUAUCGCGCAAAUAAGAGUUUACGUCUCGCAAAUUUAAGUCUCGCAAUUCUGAGUUUAUACCUCGCAAUGCUAAGUUUGCUUCUCACAAUUCUGAGUUUGUAACUCGCAAUUCUGAAUUUACUUCUUGCAAUUCUGAGUUUACGUCUUGCAAGUUUAAGUCUCGCAAUUCUGAGUUUACGUCUCAAUUCUAAGUUUUAACCUCGCAAUUCUGAAUUUACGUCUCGCAAUUCUGAGUGUACGUCUUGCAAGUUUAAGUCUCGCAAUUCUGAGUUUACGUCUCAAUUCUAAGUUUUUACCUCGCAAUUCUAAGUUUAUUUCUCACAAUUCUGAAUUUGUAACUCACAAUUCUAAGUUUAUAUGUCGCAAUUCUAAGUUUACGUCUCGCAAUUCUGAGUUUACGUCUCGCAAGUUUAAGUCAUGCAAAUCUGAGUUUACGUCUCAAUUCUAAGUUUUUACCUGGCAAUUCUGAGCACAAUUACACAAUUAUGAGCUUUCGUCUCACAGUUCUAAGUGUAUAUCUCGCAAUUCUAAAUUUACUUCUCACAAUUCUGAGUUUGUAACUCGCAAUUCUAAGUUUAUAUGUCACAAUUCUGAGUUUAUUUCUCACAAUUCUGAGUUUAUAUUGCACAAUUACGAGCUUUCAUCUCGCAGUUCUAAGUUUAUAACUCGCAGUUCUGAGCUCACGUCUCGCAAGUUUAAGUGUCGCAAUUCUAAGUUUAUACCUCACAAUUCUAAGUUUAUGUCGCAAUUCUAAUUUACUUCUCACAAUUCUGAAUUUAUGUCUCACAAUUCCGAGUUUACAUCCCACAACUCAAUUUACAAAUGGUCGCCUUUGCACUUGCGUUAAAAAUGUGGUGGAUAUUGUUUAAUUUUCCACUUAGAAAUGCAUGGGUAACUAUGGUAACCUGGAUUUAUUUAUCCCAACAUUAAACCAUGCCUCCAAUGUGUGAUGUGUCGCUUGUAUCUAUAAAAACUCAAAGAAAGUUUCUGUUCUUACAUCAGCACCCCAGUGACGAUAUAUCAUUUUAUUAAUCAGGAUUGUAAUUCAAGACUGUCAUGAUGAAAGUUUUGAAAAUUUGAUACCUGAUCUCAAUUAUGUUGCCAUUAAACUGAGUCAAAUCAGUAAUUGCACAAAAACGUUACAGUAUUAUGUUAAGAUCACAGGAUUGAUCUCAUGUUUAUCUUUUUUCGCUUGUCUUGAAUGCAUCGUCACUUUACUUUGAAUGUGUUUUUUGCUCGUUUCGAAGUUUUCAUUGAUGUUUUGAAUGUAUUGUAUGUUGUUCUAUACGCCAGUUUUGCUUUUGAUGUUUCAAGUCCAGCUUUAGUGUUUAGCAUAUUAAAGGAACAUCAUCCUAGUAGCUCGUUUAGGCGUUUUGUGAUUGUAUACUGCUUGUUUACUUGUUUUUUUGUGUUAUUUUAACUUUACGGAAUCAGUUUUAUCUCAAAGACUGGAUGUUCUCCUUACAUUUUCAGUUUUGUUUGAAACUUGGUGCAAAUUUCGUGGGUCAGUCAUUACUUUUUUGUUUUUACUAUUCUUUUUUUUUUUUUUUUGUCAUUAAUACAAAUGACAUGUAUUCUGUGAUUAUGUUUAUAUGAGGAUUAUUAAGACCAAUUAAGGCCAAAAAACUGCUCUGAAAAAGAAGGGAUUUUUACAUCAGGAAUAUUGUAAGAAUUUGUAAAGUGGAAUAUAAACAUAAUAAAAAUCAAAUGAAUCAA